AUAGAGAGGGGAAAAGCUUCGGGUCCCGUCUCAGUGUCGAUUUCGGCGUGCAGCGUGACUGCAAAGCUGGCGAGGUCAUUUAACGUUAAUGAACGUGAACUGCAGUAGUCCUCCAAGUUUGUGAACACUAGUUCAGGAAAUUCUUACAAGUGAUAUUUGAAUGAAAUCUACAAAUUCCUUUUGCAGUUUCAAGUGCAAUCAAGUGUGAUCGUUAUGUCGUUAAAUCACGUAAAAGCGGGUGUGGCUAGAUCGUGACGCAAUCCAGAGGCUCGUACGACUGUGAUUUCCGGGUUUCUAAACGCUGAAUUAUUUGUUUGAAAAAAGACUAACCAUCCCUUCCACACACACAAAAAAAUGGCUAGUAACGAAAGAAAUCCUUCUAACAAUCCUAUAGAAAUUAUUCCGCUGGAUGAGAUCAUAGAUAAAACUGCCGAACCUGUUGAUGAAGCAAUUGACGUUCCAGUUGUUGCUGCAGCACCGAAUAAUCCUCGUGAAAACGUAGGAGUGGACGAUGGUUUGCUUGACGACGGCAAUGGUGCAGGUCCUACCGGUCCUAGACCACAUCCAGCCGGUCCGAAUGCGACCGAGCCAGGAGAAGUUGACGUAGAGGAACCGGAGAUAGGAGGCGGAAGAGGGGAACAUCCGCGAUCAGAACCCAGACCACGUCCAGCCGGUCCAGAUGCGACCGAACCAGGAGACGUUGACGUAGAGGGACCCGAAAUAGGCGGUGGAAGAGGGGAACAUCCACGACCGGAACCCAGACCUAGAGGACGUCCAGAAAAUCCAUGGAAACCAGGGGGUCCAAUGUAUCCACACGAUCGUCCUGAUCCCUCUGUCAAUAAUGGCAUCAAUUACACUACCAAAAAGAACAUCGCUCAAGGUAUGAUGGAUAUCGCGCUGUUGACGGCCAAUGCCAGUCAGUUACGGUACGUCAUGCGAUCCCCCUAUUGGGACAUCUACCAUCACGUGAACAUCGUGCUCAUUUCAAUCAGCAUAGCUCUCCAGAUAAUUGCGGGUGUGUUGCUCAUCUUCAUCAGCCGCUACGACUAUAAGAAGAAGGAGAACAAAAACGUGACACAAAUCAUGAACGAUGUCGUCGUCAUCUUCAUUUUCGCCAUCACAAUCGUCAAUAUUUUCAUUGCUACUUUCGGGGUAGAUGACGAACGAACGACUUUUCUUCGCUGGAAGCAAGCAACCACUGGUGACGCAUCUUCCGAGCCACUUCUCAUAUCUGCAAAUGUCGCCAAUUCAUCUCACGUUCGCCCUUAAUUAGGUACCAAAAUUUAAAAUUUAGGAACUUGUUUUAAAACUCAA